AUGUCCUUCAGUACAGAUGGAAAGCUCCCGUCUCCGACUCCUACAGGCAGCGAGAACCAGCCACCUCAAAGCAAGCUCAGCAAGUGGUGGCAAGAGGCAUGUCGAUUGGCAUCGAGACAAUCACAGGCCCGGGUGCAACCCCGCCACAUGGAAAUUGACCGUGGCUGCAAUUUCUUCACGUCGCUCGUCAUGUAA